AUGAAGAUCCACAGCCUUGCCCUCCUCUCAUUUCUCCUCCUGGCUGCUCAAGUGCUCUCAGCAAAGGUCAGAAAUGGAACAAAGAACAGACGGGGCAGCAUACCAGAAGGAGAUCCAUCAGUUCCUCUGGGCGAGGGCCAGAGUAAGCAGAGAAGCAGAACAUCCAAGUCCAUGACCAAUGGCAAGUUUGCCACCAAAGACCAAGCUUCCUGCAGAUGGUCAGUGACUGAGCAGGAGCUGGUCAUCACCCUGAAAGUGGAGUGCACUCGAAUGGACCAGGAGUUUUCUUGUGUCUUUGCCGGAAAGCCAACUAAAUGCCUCAAGCUCAAUAAUGARAAGGCCUAUUGGAAACAAAUUGUCCGGACGCUGCGCAAACAGAAGAACUUAUGUGAGAACUCCAAGAGUGUCCUGAAGACCAGGGUGUGCAAAAAGCAGUUUCCAGAAUCCAAUCUCAAGUUGGUAAACUCCACUCUGUAUGAGAACAAGAAGCCCAGAAAGGAGAAAAYAGAGCUGUCCCCCAAGGAGCAUAUUGAGGUCACCAGCCCUUCCGCCCUGGAGCCAAAUGAGGUCAAAGAGAACAUCCAGUCCAGCCCAGCAGAGACUCAGACUGUGGCCGUCAAAGGUCCGGAGUGUAUGGAGGACCCAGAUGUGGUGAACCAGAGGAAGACUGCCCUGGAGUUCUGCGGGGACUCCUGGAGCUCCUUCUGCAACUUCUUCCUCACCAUGUUUCAGAGCACAACAUGUUAA